AUGGCGAGCGAUCUUCAUCAAGAAGACAACGAUCUUCCACCUGCAGGCAACCCUGCUGAAGCAUCGAACAAGGACGUGCCACCUGCGAUCGCAAAGUUCGUUGAACGCUUCUACCAGGUCUCGGACACACCCGGCGUGCACGAGCAGUACGCAGACGACUUCUUCAUCAACGACGAAGACCGACUGAGCUUCCAGAUUGGACCUAUGCAGCCAACCAACAAGCGUGACGGUAUCGUUGCAUGGAGACAAAAGGGCUGGGAAGGCGUGACACGACGCAAACAUGUUGUCAACGGUGUCUUCAUCAGCCCCAAGUGGGAGAACGAGAUCAUGCUCGAUGGUAAAGUCGAGAUGGACAAGAACGGCUCAACGCUCAAAUUCAAUUGGGCUGGCAGAAUGGUGUUCGACCAGGAGAGCCUCGACGAAGGCUCCCCGAAGAUUGAGACAUACAAGGUCUGGUUGGAAUCUAGAGUCAAGACUGAGAGCAGCUCAAAGUUCAAAUUUGGUCGCUAG